AUUAUUACCUUGUAGAAAGUUUACUUUUGCUGUCAUUGUACUGUUUUAAUUCUAUGUUUUUCUCUAAUGCUGUAAGAUUUUGUUGCCUUUUCAAAUUAGAUUUAACAUCAACUAGCAAAGAAGAAAAUUUAUUUAAUUAUUGUGUAUGUCUGUACUAUUUUGAACUUUUAGCGACUGAUGAUCAGUAUGUGUACAUGCAAACUUGAAUAUAACAAUUAUUUUAGAUGCCUAAUUUAUUCAUUAUUGAUAAUAUUGAUAUGUCAAAAUAUAAAUAAAACACGCACUCAAAUGAUAAUUUUAGUCAAAAUCUUAAAAGUAAAAUGUUUAUAAUUACAUCAAAGUUUAAUUAAAUCUUUUUAAGGCAGUUCUCUCAAAGCAUUAAUCUAUAAAUGAGAACAAAAGUCGUGAUUUAAAAAAAUGAAAAUAAGAUAUAUGAAUCACGCUUCGAUAUCGAUAUUUCAGUGCAGAUGGAAAUUUUGUUGUUACUCUGAUGACUAAGGCAACAAUACAUUAUAGUGGACUGAUAGUAUGGGAACCUCCAGUAAUAUAUAAAAGUGCAUGCAUCAUAGACGUAGAAUAUUUCCCCUUUGAUAUACAGUCAUGUAAGAUGAAGUUUGGUUCAUGGACGUACGAUGGGAAUGAAAUAGACCUUGUCCACAUAUGUUCUGAAAACCAGGAUAUAGCAGGCGUUAUAUUAACCAAUGGUAUAAAUUUCGCUGACUUCUAUUCUAAUGUAGAGUGGGAUGUAUUGUCGGGGACAGCAAUAAAAAACUUUAAAACAUAUCCGUGCUGUCCAGAACCAUAUAUUGAUGUGACAUUUGAGAUAACAAUGAAGAGGAAGACAUUAUUCCAUACGGUAAAUCUGAUAAUGCCUUGUGUUGCAAUAUCUUUUUUGACAGUAAUUGUGUUUUAUUUGCCAUCAGACAGUGGUGAAAAAAUAACCCUUUCUAUCUCAAUUCUACUGUCAUUGACCGUUUUCUUCCUUUUACUGGCAGAGAUAAUUCCACCGACUUCUUUAGUGAUUCCACUACUUGGAAAAUAUCUUUUAUUUACAAUGACUGCAGUAACUUUAUCCAUUUUGGCUACCAUAGUAACGAUUAGAAUUCAUUUUCAUUCACCCUCAACACACAAAAUGUCCACAUUGGUUAAAUACAUAUUUCUGGAUCUCUUACCAAGAUUAAUGUUUAUGGAACGUCCCAAGCUAGAAUCAAAUAUGACAACAGAACAUAAUACAAAUUAUGCAAAUCAGAACACUGAAAUGGACAAUAUAAGAUCAAAACUGCUUCUAGAAGAAGAGAAAUCUUGUGAAGGCAGUGCUGAAUCUGGAGUAGAGGCAGAUGCAUCGUUACCACCUCAGGAUUUAGACUACUAUAAAAUAAUUGGCCUUCGCAAUCUGGAUCGCAUCGUAGACCAUUUGAAAAGACAAGAUGAAGAAUUGUCUGUGAGAGAAGACUGGAAAUAUGUUGCCAUGGUGAUUGAUCGAAUGUUUUUGAUUAUUUUCACUGUAGCUUCUUUGAUAGGAUUUUUUGGUGUUAUAGCACAAGCACCAACCCUUUACGAUACUCGGAUUCCGGUUUCUGAAUUUUCAUACAACAGAAGCUACUGUGCAUAUCCAAGUUAGAUAAAUAUAUUUCAAUUGUAUCCCUAUGCUGAUAUUCAUGUCUUUCAGUAUGUGUUUUUAAUUCUUUUUUGAAUAUGCAAGUUUUCGAUUUGAAAACCUUAUAUGUGAUAACAAUUAUAUUAAAUGCUCAGCUCUCUUUAAGAGAGAAACUAUGACAGGAUUAUCUUAAUUUAUGCAUUGAUAGAUAAUGAGUGCAUUCCACAUUUUUUAUAAUUCAAAUAUAUUUUACUUUUUUACAUGUUCUAUCUUAUAUACAUAUAUGUUUAACUUAUAAAAUGAGGAAGUUAGAGCACCACCUUAUUCUUCUGUAGAGAAUCGUCUACAAUGUUUCAUAAGAGUGUCUCAUAUCAGUAUGGUUCAUGCUUAUACCAUGUCUUUUUCUAGGAAGUGUAAAUUUCUACUUUCUUAAGAACUAAUCUGAAUGCGUAACACAUACCUCACAGUAAAAUAUCUGAAAAUGCUAGAUUUUUCGGUCGACAACAUUGAGUCAGGUACAUUUACAUUUCAAUAACAGACAAAUGAUAUUCGACGGAUACCGUGAGAUAAUUUCCAAAUUUACUUUACUCAACAUUGGGCUAGUUUUUCUUACAGGAAAAUUCUUUUAAUUGAUUUUUUUUUUGAAUAGUUGUCAUAUCGGGAAUGAAUACACGUUUCCUCAAUUUUUUUUAUCUGAAAGAGAAAUGAAUAUAAAUUAUUUUUCUACA